AUGUCGGAUCUUGGAAAUGAACGUUCUUCUCAGAAGUGCCGCAGAGAGAUAACAUAUUCGCGGAGGACGCACGUCACGGUGACGCUCGACGUCGGCAACCGUAGUCGCGGCGGCAGCGGCAGCGGCAGCGGCAGACGAGCGCGCGCGGCGGCCGGCGCGGCCCAUGCGUCGCGCAAAAACGACAAGACGGUUAUCGCUGGAAUAAAAAGGGAAGGGGCUGGAGGUGCUCCUGCCGGUGCCGGCGCGGCGUACACGUACCCCAGCUGGGAAAGGGGUGGGGGCGGCGGGGGCGGCGGCGGCGUGGCGGCCGGCCAACCUUAUCGCCGGCCACAAUGGACCAACCUAUAUUCGGGGCAAGAUUUAGCACGGGAACGGCGCCGCGACAGAUAG